CUUCUGUAUUUAUGAUUAUUUCAAAAUAUACAUAAAUGUUCAUUAGCUGCACUUAUUACUGUUGUUUGUCAAUACCCAUUCCAACUAACCCCAAUUCUCGGAGACAGAGUCACAUAUGAAGGUAGCUGAUGACCCAAAGCUGAUUGAAUACACUCUAUUUAGACUCAUACCGUGUGACAUUUAGAAAGAUUUACACGUCGGUGUACAUAAUAUAGGAUUUUGGAAGAUACAUCGAAGUAUAUAUAACGUUUUCCCGCCACUUAUGUAAGCAGUUCUUCCUGGCAUAUGUGAGGAAACACGAGAGUCUGUGCGACUUCUAACAUCUUUGACGAAGAGUACGGGAAUAUGUGUCAUCUUCUAUUUACAUUUUGUAUUUUCCUAGUACACCACUGGAACCAAGUGUCGUAACAGGAUUGCGCAACCGGAAAUGGCACCACCACCAGCUUGCUUUACCCGGUUUCGUAGUUAGGCACAUGCAGUUCGAGCACGGGGAUCACAGAAAAAGAAAAAAUAUAUAUAUUGUUGGAGCAUCCAAAUAAUGGAGACGCUUCAAACGCAAGACGUUAAUGAUGAUUACUCUUUCAGCGACGACGAGAAUCACCCGCAGGAUGAAGCGUGGGGCAGGCUGUUCCCACUUGGAGAGAGUUUUAUCGCUGUUGACCUCGUCAAAGACGACUACACAUUUGGCAGGGGAGAUGACUGUGAUAUAUCAUUUAGCAGCACAGGAAAACGUCUGCAGUUCUUCCAGGCCUGCAGCAAAAUACAUUUCAAGCUUAUUCGAAAAAACACAAGUACAGGGAUGCAUGUCUUUCUUGAAGACACUAGCAGCAAUGGUACAUUUGUAAAUGGAGAGAAAGUAGGAAAGGGAAACAGACAAGUCUUGGGCAACAAUGAUGAAAUAGCUCUUGCCAUGAAAAAGAAUAAAGCAUACGUAUUUAUGGACCUUACUUCAGGGGAAGAUGUAGAUCUCCCAAAAGAACUAAAAGAAAAGUACACGUUAACAAAGGUCCUUGGAAGAGGGGCUUGUGGUGAGGUGAGGCUGGCCUUUGUCAAAGGAACAUGUGAUAAACUGGCUUGUAAGAUCAUCUCCAAAAAGAAGUUUUCUAUUGGAGGAAACUCACAGAUUAAUAUGACCUCAAAGGUCAUGGAGGAAGUGAAAAUUUUGAAAAGCUUGAAGCACCCAUGUAUUAUUAGCAUUGAAGAUGUGAUUGAUACCCCAGACAUUUUAUACAUACUACUGGAGCUAGUGGAAGGAGGAGAGCUUUUUGACAAGGUGAUCAGCAUUGAAAAAUAUCCAGAGCCAACAGCAAAACUUCUCUUCUAUCAGAUGGCAUGCGCAUGCAAGUAUCUACAUGAUCAGGGCAUCACACACAGAGAUUUAAAGCCAGAAAACAUCUUGUUGGCAACUGAUUCUGAAGAAACGCUUAUCAAGGUUACAGACUUUGGUUUGUCAAAGUUUGUGGAUGCUGGCUCUAUGAUGAAAACGUUUUGUGGUACGCCUACCUACCUGGCACCAGAGAUAUUGGUAACAGCAGGUAGUGGAGCCUAUACAAAAGCCAUUGACUGCUGGAGCUUGGGUGUUGUCCUUUUUAUCCUAUUAUCUGGAUACCCACCAUUUUCAGAUGAACGCAAAGACAUGGACUUACCUAAGCAAAUCAUGGGAGGACACUACACUUUCCCAGCGCAGUACUGGAAGGAUAUAUCAGAAGAUGCCAUUGACUUGAUCAAAAAGCUGUUGACAGUUGACCCAAAGAAGAGAAUAACACUCACAGAUGCCCUUGGUCACCCUUGGCUAAAGGAUGAAGAGAUGAAAAACAGAGCUAACAAACUGAUGUUUCCAGCAUCUGAUGGCAUGGCACCACCAAACAUUGUUCCUUGUGGCAAGAAGAGAACACUUGACAGUGUUGAAGACACAUCCCCAGAAGCAAAGCGCAAAGUAUCCUCGGAUACCAGCUCCCCGCCAGAAACACCAUAGACGCUGAGGAUUUACUCAACUUUAGUCCACCUUUCGAUCAAUCAUUUCAUUGUAUUUUACCUUCGCCAUUUCAUCUGCUAUUUUCAGGAAGAAAAUAUGCAAUUAUAUCUAGAAUCAUUGUCAUUUUAUAUUUUUUGUCCACUUAAUGUGUGCCAUUCAGUGUGCAUUGCUCAGGAUAGACACAUUAAAAAAAAUAAUUAAGCUUUAUUUGAAAAUGUCUGUCAAUUCAUCUCAUCAGUGUAUGAAAGUUCUGCUUUUGUACACUGCAAAAGUCAGAUAAGUGGUUGAGCAUAGUUGAGAUUUUUGCAGCCAUCAAAAAUUCUUGUUCUUGUCACAGUGGGUUUGGUUUGACUGAUUUCGCUGUUCUGGAUGUAGAAAAUCUAGGGCCUUUUCCUUGCAUUAUUAUUUGCAGUUGUUUUCUAAUUCAUCACAAUCUGAUGUUGCUUUCUAUGAACUUCUGUUAACAAUGCCAUCAAGCCUGUGUUUCUUCUUAUGGACUUUUUUUUUUUACCCCUGACGCUAUAACUGUAGCAAAAGUUUAUAUACAGUCAAAUCUCUCUACUAUGCCACCCCUCUACUAUGCCAAUCUCGGUAUUAUGCCAUUUUUGCUCGGUCCCGACUAUAAAUUCAAUGUAAGAAAAAAUUUACUAUGCCACCCCUACUC